AUGACCCAUAUUCCCAUUGCCAUAGUAGAAAUUACUGGAAGGGCACUGUUGACAUUCAGAGAUGUGUCUAUAGAAUUCUCUAUGGAUGAAUGGGCCUGUCUGGACUCUGCUCAGCAGCAUUUGUAUUGGGAUGUCAUGUUAGAGACCUACAGACACCUGGUCUUCCUAGGGCUUGCUGUAUCUAAGCCAGACCUCAUCACCUGUCUGGAGCAAAGAAAAGAACCCUGGAAGGUGAAGACUCACCAGGCAGUGAUCAAGCACCCAGGUAGGUUGGAGUGAAUGAAGCAGAUAAUAUUGGUCAGAGGUCCCAAGUUGAAGGAGGAAACCAAAC